CGGAAGUUCCCUCACUUAGAAGUCGGAAGUUCCCUCACUUAGAGCCCGGAAGCCGGAGUCUGGUGUGUCUUUUCCUGGCUGUGGGCGAAGGAGCUUCUCUGGCGUUUGUGGGACUAGAAGGCGGCCGGUCGGACUUAGAAGGUUCUCGGCUGGGUGGUCUCUGUCUUCCGGGCCCGGGGAUGGCGGCUCUCACGUGCAUCACCUGCCGGGUGGCGUUCCGCGACGCGGAGCUGCAGCGGGCGCACUACAAGACGGACUGGCACCGCUACAACCUGCGGCGCAAGGUGGCCGCCAUGGCCCCGGUGACGGCCGAGGGCUUCCAGGAGCGGGUGCGGGCGCAGCGCGCGGUGGCCGAGGCGGCGGAGGCGAGCAAGGGCGCGGCCACCUACUGCACGGCGUGCGGCAAGAAGUUCGCCACCUUCAACGCCUACGAGAACCACCUGGGCUCCCGGCGGCACGCCGAGCUGGAGCGGAAGGCGGUGCGGGCCGCGAGCCGGCGCGUGGAGCUGCUGAACGCCAAGAACCUGGAGAAGGGGCUGGGCGCGGACGGUGUCGACAAGGACGCCGUGAACGCCGCCAUCCAGCAGGCCAUCAAGGCCCAGCCCUCCACGUCCCCCAAGAAAGCGCCCUUCGUGCCCACGGACGAGUGCGGGAGGGCGGCGGGCGCGGGCGCACGGGGCAUCCCGGAACGAGACCCGACGGAGAAGCCGCCCCGGCUCCAGUGGUUCGAACAGCAGGCGAAGAAGCUGGCGAAGCAGCAGUGGGAGGACGGAGAGGAGGAGGGAGAGGAAGAGGAGGAAGACGACGAAGACGAAGAUUGGGAAGAUAUUGAUUCCGAUGAUGGAUUGGAAUGUGAGGACCCUGGAGUGGAGGAUCAGGAUGCAGAAGAUGCAGAGGCUGAGAAGAGCCCACCCCUAGGUGCCAUCCCAAUAACAGACUGCUUGUUUUGCUCCCAUCAUUCAAGCUCCCUCGUGAAGAAUGUGGCUCAUAUGACUAAAGUCCACAGCUUUUUUAUUCCUGAUAUAGAGUAUCUUUCAGAUUUGAAAGGACUAAUUAAAUAUUUGGGAGAGAAAGUUGGUGUUGGCAAAAUUUGCUUGUGGUGCAAUGAGAAAGGGAAGUCCUUCUAUUCCACAGAAGCUGUACAGGCACACAUGAAUGACAAAAGCCACUGUAAGCUCUUCACAGAUGGUGACGCUGCCUUGGAAUUUGCAGACUUCUAUGAUUUUAGGAGUAGCUACCCAGACUACAAGGAGGGGCAGGAUCCUGCUGAGCUUUCGGCCUUGUCCGCAGACAAGAUCUUGGAAUGUGAUGAUGAAACCAUGGAGCUGAUACUUCCUUCUGGUGCCAGAGUGGGUCAUCGCUCCUUGAUGAGAUACUACAAACAACGAUUUGGCUUGCCAAGAGCUGUGACAGUUGCUAGGAAUCAAAAGGCUGUGGGCAGGGUUCUCCAGCAAUACCGAGCCCUGGGAUGGAUGGGCAGCACAGGAGCAGCUCUCAUGCGUGAACGGGACAUGCAAUAUGUACAGAGGAUGAAAUCAAAAUGGAUGCUGAAGAUAGGAAUGAAGAACAAUGCCAACAAGCAGAUGCACUUCAGGGCCCAAGUGAGAUUCUGAGAGGAAUGGGAAACAGAGAUGCAUCUCCCGCUGCACUUCCCUCCUUGUCUGAGGACAGGGAAGCCAGAUUGCCGAAUGGUUCCUUUGCUGCUACUUCAUUUGUUCUGAUCUAAUAAAGUCAAAAUCAUGGUUGUCUUCAA